ACUUUGACCAGAUAUUAUUGCAUCCAAAGAUCAACUGUACCUAGAACAUAGAUACAGAGACACUUGUUAUCAGGAAGGUGCUCUCUCAGAACAACGGAAAAUAUCUCAAUGACUUGACAUGUUCUGGUUGUGAAUUCAGGCUACAAGGGGUCAGUGCUCUAAAAUGAGUCUCUCUGGGGAGAGAGAGGAGGGGGGCCCUGCCUCUAAAAUGAGUCUCUCUGGGGAGAGAGAGGAGGGGGCCCCUGCAUCUAAAAUGAGUCUAUCUGGGGAGAGAGAGGAGGGGGCCCCUGCCUCCAAAAUGCAUCUCUCUGGGGGACAUGACACCAAAGCUAAGAGACCAAUCAAGCAGGAGAGACCAGCCUCCCCUGUUCCCAGCUGUGUGUCCAUGAAGAGUGACCAGUCUAUGGAUAAACCUGAAGAGUUUAGAGAGGGAGACUUUUCUACUGAACAAAGAAACCAACAGGAGAGAUCAGAGUCAGAGAUUCUCAGUGGUCAGUCUUCCCAGAGUCAUCAAACAGACCUGGACUCUAUAUUCAGUUUGCUUGAAGAGAAAAUUAUGACAUUUGUGAAGAACGAGCUGAAGAUGUUCAAGAGGAUUCUUGGUCCUGAACUCCCAGAAGGAUUUGAGAGUCAGAAGCAGGAUGAGGAAGUGGUGGAUGCUGAAGAUGAGAAGCAGGAGAGCAGUGCCAGAGAGGGGGCUCUGAAGAUCACACUGCACAUCCUGAGGAAAAUGAACCAGAAGGAGCUUGCUGACACACUGGAGAAACAUGAGCUUGCUGUGAUUUGCCAACGUGAACUCCAAUCUAACCUAAAGAAGAAGUUUCAAUGUGUAUUUGAGGGGAUCGCUAAACAAGGAAACCCAACAUUUCUCAACAAGAUCUACACAGAAGUCUCUGCUCCUCCCCGCUAUUUCCCCUAG